AUGAUCUCAGCCACUGCGUGGGUUCCUAGAGGUUUUGCAGCAGAGUUUGCUGAAAAGUACCAAUUGGACGAUGAGGAGUUGGCGAGAAUCGAAGAGAUGGCCAAACUGAACCUCGGCGCGGAAUCUCAUGCCGAGGCAGAGGCCCUGGAGGCAGAGGGUGCUGCCACAUCAGGGAGCACUGACGGAUUGAAGGGCCAGCUGGACAUUGAUGACGAUUUAAAGGAGUACGAUUUGGAGAAUUACGACGCAGAGGUUACCGGAGGUGAGGCCGAGGGCGUGACCAUGUUCCCCGGGUUGGCCAACGAGGACGUUAAGUUCCACGAGGGUGAGGAGGGAGCCGAUGCAUAUAUAUCUUUGCCCAGCCAGGAGGAUGCCGUAGAGGAAAAACAGGAAUUACAAGUCUACCCAACAGAUAACCUCGUGCUGGCCACUAGAACAGAGGACGACGUUUCGUACUUGGAUGUGUACGUCUACGAUGACGGUGCUGGGUUCCACAGCGCUGAAAUCCCACAGGAAAAGGGUGACGAGCUGGACCCAGAUGUCGCCCGUGGGCUUGUCCGUGACAACUCGCUGUACGUGCAUCACGAUUUGAUGUUGCCCGCUUUCCCGCUAUGUCUUGAAUGGUUGAAUUAUAAACCUGGGAGCAACUCAGACGAUCCAGCGAAUUUCGUCGCUAUUGGUACCUUCGACCCACAGAUCGAAAUCUGGAAUCUAGAUUGUGUCGAUAAAGCAUUCCCAGAUGUUAUCCUUGGCGAACCCACGGAAAACUCAAUGGCCAGUAUGAAAUCGAAAAAAAAGAAUAAGAAGAUGAGUGCGCAUGUCACCACACACCAUACAGAUGCCGUGCUUUCGCUGGCUCACAACAAACUUUUCAGAUCCGUGUUGGCCUCCACCUCGGCGGACCAUACGGUAAAACUUUGGGACUUGAACAACGCCUCCGUGGUGCGUUCGUUCGACUCGAUACACAGCGGUAAGAAUGUAUCCGCUAGUGAGUGGCAUCAGAGCAACGGGUCCAUUUUGUUGACUGCCGGUUACGAUUCCCGUAUCGCGUUGACAGACGUGAGAAGCAACGAUGCCAAGAACUUGUCCAAAUAUUGGUCGGUCAGCUCUGGUGAAGAGAUCGAAUCUGCCACUUUUGUCGACGAGAAUAUAAUACUUUGUGGUACAGACACAGGUAACGUUUACUCGUUUGACAUAAGGAACAAUGCAGAAUCGAAAUCUGUAUGGACUUUAAAGGCACACGACUCCGGUAUAUCCGCAUUGGCAGUAAACAAGUUUGUCCCCGGGUUGUUGACCACUGGUGCCAUGGGUGAUAAAGUUGCCAAGACAUGGAAAUUCCCAACAGACACUAACGGUCUAAAGGGCCCAAACAUGGUCUUAUCGAGGGAUUUUGAUGUCGGGAAUGUUUUGAGCAUCUCGUACGCUCCAGAUAUCGAAGUAUCGGGUACAAUGGUUCUCGGUGGUGUCAGUAAAGGUUUGAAAUUAUGGGACGUGUUCUCCAAUAGAUCUGUCCGUAAAAGUUUUGCACCAGAGUUGAGAGCCGUUCAACAACAAGCCCGCGAAGACGCCCAAAAAGUGGGAAGAUCCUCGAGAAUCUCCAGAAAGUACAUUACAAAUGACAACCCUGACACGGUUGUCACCAUCGCUGACCAGGGUGAGGACGAGGAGGAAAGAGAAAGAGAAGAAAGGGAGGGUGACUUUGAUGAUGACGAUGAGGAGGAGGAUUAUGAGAACGACGAGUAA